UUCGUGGUGCUGUCCGGACGCGUCCGCGCGCAUUGGUGCUGUUUGUUUGUUGAUACAUUGGUAGAACAAGCUGUGACGAGCGAUCGUUUGGUGCUGUGUAUAAUAGAAGGGUCGUUCAUAAAACAAAACAACCGCUCAGUUAUGAAGCUCGGUUCACAUAACCUAGUGCUUUCGAUUACCGCUCUAGGGGCGCUGUUGCUUCUACCCGAUGCGUUUGGUGUAAAGCUUAAGGAAAAGUUCAAGUGGCGCGAGGUAUCCUUCGCCUGGCCUUCGGAAGAUGUUAAGCAGGAGGCAUUAGCUGCCGGAAAAUAUAUCGUACACAACAAUCUCCCACUCGGUCUAGAACGCUGGCGAGACAAACUGUUUAUCACGGUUCCAAGAUGGAAGUCAGGUGUAGCAGCAUCACUGACGUACGUAAACGUGUCCGACGGAAUGAGUCCGGAUUUGCACCCUUACCCGGGAUGGGACGAAAAUCUACUCCCUACAGAACGUAAUGGAGCAUCAGACGAAGGAUCAAGCUAUUUGAAGAAUAAUGCAUCCAUCAUUUCCACCUUCCGCGUUCGUGCCGAUGAGUGCGAUCGUCUAUGGGUUAUGGACACCGGGCUUGCAGAUAUUCUCGGCGAUGCUGUUCAAUACGCUCCACCUUCGCUUGUACUGUUUGACUUGUAUACGGACAAACUAAUUCGGCGACACUUUUUCAACAGUACCUUACUCAAGGAAGAUUCCUUCUUUGCGAACGUCAUCAUUGACACCGAGCGGGGAGAUUGCGACAAUGCUCAUGCCUACAUUCCGGAUCUGGGAAGCUAUGCGGUGGUCGUGUAUUCUCUGGCGGAGGAUCGAUCGUGGCGCGUUAAGCAUAACUUCUUCCACUUCGAUCCGCUCGCGGGCGACUAUAACAUCGGUGGUGUAAACUUCCAAUGGACGGACGGUGUGUUUGGUAUGGCUGUGGGUAAACGCUUGCAGGACGGUACUAGACCCGUGUACUUCCACGCCUUUUCCAGCACUAAGGAGUUUAUGGUAUCGAACACGGUGCUGAAAAAUGAAUCGUACGCACAGAGUCCCCAGGCAUACUAUGAUUACAAGCUUCUGGGUGACCGUGGACCAAACUCGCAAUCGUCUGCCGAAUUCUAUGAUUCGGAAACGGGUGUUAUUUUCUACACCCAGGUGAACAAGGACGGUGUGGGUUGCUGGAAUACGGUCAUGCCACUAACCGCGGACACCCAGGGACUGGUUGAUUCGGACAGCGAUGCGCUUGUGUUUCCGAACGAUCUUAAGGUGGAUAACGAGGGUACGCUGUGGGUACUGUCCGAUCGGUUGCCCAUGUUUAUUUUUACCAGCUUGGAUGCAGAGCAGUACAACUAUCGCAUUUUGGUGGGAGAAACUCGAGACAUUAUCAAGGGAACACCGUGUGAUAAGUAAGCAGAUAAAUCUACAGAACACAAAACAGACCAGCACUAAGCGCUCUUUCAGUGAGGCGUUUCUUCACCAAUAAAAGUAACGAACAUUACGAU